AUGAAUCGGUUUCUGUGCCUACUGGCUGUAGGCCUCUACCUGUGCUUGCAAUGCCAGGUUAAUGAAGCACAUUUGAGCCGGAGCUACAUUGAAAAAACUGUGCUGGCAGCAAAGGCCAAAGUGGACGCAGCCUAUCGGUAUUCAAGGCAACAGAGCGUGGACCGUGUGAGGAGGGACGCACGUUACGAGGAUGUCGUGCGGCUAAUGAAGCAGCCCAGAGGAGUCUCCCGCAUUGUUGUGCGCUCUGCUGAUUACCUGGCUACCUCUUUGCAAAUGAUCACUGAUAAUCUUGAAAGGCGUCACAAACGCUCCAUCAAUGCCACAGAUUUGCUCUCUGAUCAAGAUCUGCAGACCCUCAUUGGUCUGACAGGCUGUUCUCCACGUCAGCGCAUCCCUGCUUGUGAGACGACUCAAAAUUUGCAGGCGUAUCACAGUGCAAGCGGUGUCUGCAACAACAGGAGAAACACCCGCUGGGGGGCCUCCAACAUACCUUUUCUCCGCUUGCUCCCUCCUGUGUAUGAGAAUGGUUUUUCUACACCUAAAGGCUGGACCCCUGAGCGUCCUAUCAAUGGUCAUGUUCUUCCCCUGGUAAGAGACGUGUCCAACCGCAUUUUGGCAACAGCGAACUCUGAAGUGGAGAACGACCCACUCUACACUUUCCUGGUGACAAUUUUUGCCCAGCUCAGUGACCACGAUUUGACCUUCACCCCUACCUCUCCAUCUAUUACCACAUUCAGUGACGGCAUCAACUGUGAAAUGAGUUGUGUGCGCAAAGACCCCUGCUUCCCCAUUCCAAUUCCCAGCAGUGACCCCCGGUUUGGCAUUAAUUCAAAGGAGUGCUUGCCCUUUACUCGGUCAGCACCAGCGUGUGGCUCCGGAAACAAUUGCUUGAACCUCGGCGCGAGCACUGUCCGUCAGCAGAUCAACACUCUCACGGCCUUCGUUGAUGCAAGUCAGGUCUACGGUUCAGAUGAUGCCAAAGCUCGCUCCCUCCGGGACUUCUCCACAGAUGAGGGUCUUUUGAGAGUCAACAGGCAAUUCAAUGACAACGGCCGUGAGCUUCUGCCCUUUGCCACAGGGAGCACCAAUCCGUGUGCCACCCGAGCUCGCAUUACCGAUGAUACCACUGCCCAGGAGGUGCCCUGCUUUGUCGCUGGUGAUGACCGCUCAAAUGAGAACAUUGCACUGACCUCUCUGCACACACUCCUGCUGCGUGAGCACAACCGACUGGCACGCGCUCUGGUCCUCCUCAAUCCACAGUGGAAUGGAGAGAGACUCUACCAGGAGGCCCGCAAGAUCGUGGGUGGAUAUAUGCAGGUGAUCACAUACAGAGACUUCUUACACCACAUUGUAGGCCCAGACUUCAUUUCCAGGCAGUUGUCCACCUACCCCGGUUAUAAUAGCAAUGUGGAUCCCAGCAUCGCCAACGUGUUUGCCACAGCUGCUUACCGUUUUGCUCACAUCAUGAUUCAGCCUUUCAUUUUCCGUCUUAAUGAGAUGUACCAGGAUCACCCUCAGUACCCCAGCCCACUGCUGCACAAAUCCUUCAAUGCACCAUGGAGGGUCAUCUUUGAAGGUGGUGUGGACCCUAUCUUAAGAGGACUGGUGGGUCGCCCAGCUAAGCUGGGGACUCAGCAGCACUUGUUGAGCGAUGAGCUGAGGGACAGGCUGUUUAAAUUCUCCGCUAGGUUGGCUCUGGAUCUGGGUUCGCUGAACAUGCAGAGAGGAAGAGACCAUGGACUCCCUGGUUACAACCAGUGGCGCAAGUUCUGUGGACUGUCACAGCCACAAAAUCUUAAUGAACUGGCUACAGUGCUGAAAAACACAGAUCUGGCCAGGAAGCUCCUGCAUCUUUAUGGCACCCCUGACAACAUUGAUGUGUGGCUGGGAGGCGUAGCAGAGCCAUUUGUCCAUGGAGGAAGAGUGGGACCCCUGUUUGCUUGCCUGAUUACAAAUCAGUUCCAAAGGAUUCGCCAGGGAGACAGACUUUGGUGGGAGAAUGAAGGAGUCUUUACUGAGGCUCAGAAGAGCUCACUGAGGAACGUAUCACUUGCCCGUAUAAUCUGUGACAACACUGGUAUCACUGAAGUCCCUGAAAAACCUUUCCUGUACCGGCCUCGAGGGUCUGGCUACACCCAGUGCCACUGCAUUCCCGCCUUUGACCUCAGUCCAUGGAAGGAGGGGGGUAAGUUCUGAAAUUCACAAGGCCCAUGUGGACCUCCAGGGCCUCAAGGACCACCUGGCCCCGAGGGCCACACUGGACCUCCUGCCAACCAACAGAAAGCUGCUUUCUCAGUGAAACUCGGCAGCAGCUCCCCCAAAGCUCACUCACCGAUCAUUUUCCGUGAUGUAAUCUACAAUGGACAGAACAGCUAUAACACUAAGAAUGGGCAGUUUACAUGUAAUCAGCCAGGUGUUUAUGAGUUUGACUUCAGCCUCACAAUCAACAAGAAUGCUGCUGCUGUUGAUCUGCUGAAAAACGGACAGCUUGUUCUGCACGCAUACACCACAAAGCAUACUGGUUACCUGAUUGCCAGUGGCAGCAUUAAUGUUCGGCUUAGCAAGAGCGACAAGGUCUGGCUGGUUAUAAACCAGGGUGGUAAUAUCAUCAGUAGUGACAGCUACUUCAACGGGCAUCUGCUGUUUUAA